CAUUGGCAUUUCUUUCAGAUUUGACAUUUGAUAUCAAAAAUUUUACAAUGAUCGCAUUUCAAAAAAUGUAACAUAUUUAAAGAAAUGUGAACAAAAUACUUGAAAUUUAUAUCAAAAAUUUUUAGGCUGCUAUUUUAAGGAACAACCACUACAAUCAUGGUUUCUACUAUUCUACAAUGUGCAAACGUCGUAAGCGGAAGGAAAGACGAAAAAAGAAAAAAUUGACGUUUUGCCAAAGAUGCAGACGGAGAAUAUGUGUUUGGUGCUUCAGACGAAUAAAGCGUUGUGUAAAAAGAGGGGUCUUCGGAAAAUCCAGUCCAAAAUUUGAUGACUAUGAAAUAGCUGGAUACACUCUAAGUGAAGUAAAAGAUAAAUUUAAAAGGAAAUCUCGAACAUCUACAACUAAAAGUGCUGAAACUAAACUAGAGCCUAAACAAACAGUCCUGACAUUGUUUAGAAAAAACAAAUACAAUAAAUCUACAAAAAGUCUUGCAAUGAAAGAUUUAAUUGAAAAUGAAAUAGAUAGAUAUUCUUUUUCUAAAUCUGUAGGAAAAAGAAUGAUGUCAUAUCUUGAUGAUUUUAGAGAAAAUAAUCCUUAUCUUGGAGUUCAUAAUGACUCACAACUGAAUUUAACUGAGAGUGAAAGAGCAAGAUUUAAAAAACUGUCAGACGAAUAUGAGAAAAAAAACAAAAAUUCUUUUAUAGACUUUUUGAAAAGUGUUGAAAUGUUAAAAAAGAAACUUUCACUCUCACUAUCAAAGGUUGUAGUUUUAAAAAAUAUGGCUGAUGAUUAUAAAAACAAAAAAAUUUCGUUCACCAACGUUAUUCCUUCAUGGAAAAAUAGUAAAUCAAGUCUGAAUUUAAACAAAUUAGAGAAGCAGGAUAUCGACAAUUUAAUAACAUAUUACAAUAAACAGAAGAAACGUAAAUCAAAAGUUUCGGAGGGAAAAAUAUCCCUCAAAAAUUUAGAGCUCAUGAACAUAAUAGACAACGAGGGCAUGAAAAAGAAAUUUUCUCUAACAAAUUCCAGACAGAUUCUAUUAACGGACAUGAUCGAGGAUUAUAAAAAGGGAAAAUUUAAAUUAUCUGACAUGCCUGAUAAUUUAAAAUCAAACAUGAAAAAAUUAGACAAGCAGAAUUUAAACAAAAUAUUAGAUUACUAUAAUACAAAUAAAAAUAACAAAGGAUUUCCAUUUAUCAAACAACCUAGAGUAAAACAGAUGAUAUCUGAUAUAAGGGCUAAAUUUAAUUUUAUAUGAAGUAUUUUUUAACUUCUUGUUACUAUAUAGGAUUGCAUGAAGUAAACAAAAUUAUUACAUGACUUAAUAAUAUUAAUAAUAACGAUGUGAAUAAACAUUACAGAUUUUUUUAUUCCACUGUACAAAGCGUUUCUAAAAUUUUAAUUAAGUUUUUAUGUCAUUUUGUUUCUGAUAACAGAGAUGCUAAGAAGUAAUUGCGUUUUCGUAAUGUAUCAUCAGUUUUGUGUAAUUCAUGUGUAUGUCCUCAAGAUAAAAAGGUAGAAAAACUGUUAACAGUCGUAACUCUCAGCCAUGUGGAUACCCAUGACCCUGUUACGCA